GGGAGGAAGCCACAGGGUACAUGUUUGGUGUCGUCUCGUCCUAGCCAUCCAUGUCGUGGCGCAUUUCUUCAACCUGGAACGCUAUCGCUGGAGCCAGUCCAAGGAGGCCCAGGGACUUCUGGCUGCACUUUCCAAGUUGGGUAACACCCCUAAUGAGAGCUACCUCAACCCUAUCCGGACCUUCCCCAUGAACACAACCACUGAAUUGCUAAGGACAAUAGCGGGCGUCACCGGCCUGGUGAUCUCUCUGGCUUUAGUCUUGAUCAUGACCUCAUCAACCGAGUUCAUCAGACAGGCCUCCUAUGAGUUGUUCUGGUGCACACACCAUGUUUUCAUCGUCUUCUUUCUCAGCCUGGCCAUCCAUGGGAUGGGUCGGAUUGUUCGAGGCCAAACCCAGGACAGCCUCUCUCUGCACAACAUCACCUUCUGUAGAGACCGCUAUGCAGAAUGGCAGACAGUGGCCCAAUGCCCCGUGCCUCAAUUUUCUGGCAAGGAACCCUCGGCUUGGAAAUGGAUUUUAGGCCCUGUAGUCUUGUAUGCAUGUGAAAGAAUAAUUAGGUUCUGGCGAUUUCAACAAGAAGUUGUCAUUACCAAGGUGGUAAGCCACCCCUCCGGAGUCCUGGAACUUCACAUGAAAAAGCGUGGCUUUAAAAUGGCGCCAGGGCAGUACAUCUUGGUGCAGUGCUCGGCCAUAUCCUCGCUGGAGUGGCACCCCUUCACCCUUACCUCUGCCCCCCAGGAAGACUUCUUCAGCGUGCACAUCCGGGCAGCGGGAGACUGGACGGCAGCGCUACUGGAGGCCUUUGGGGCAGAGGGACGGGCCCUCCAGGAGCCCUGGAGACUGCCAAGGCUGGCAGUGGACGGGCCCUUUGGAGCUGCCCUGACAGAUGUAUUUCACUACCCAGUGAGUGUGUGCAUUGCCGCGGGGAUCGGAGUCACUCCCUUUGCUGCUCUUCUGAAAUCUAUAUGGUACAAAUGCAGUGAGGCGCAGACCCCGCUGAAGCUGAGCAAGGUGUAUUUCUACUGGAUUUGCCGGGAUGCAAGAGCUUUUGAGUGGUUUGCCGAUCUCUUACUCUCACUGGAAACACGGAUGAGUGAGCAGGGGAAAACUCACUUUCUGAGUUAUCAUAUAUUUCUUACUGGCUGGGAUGAAAAUCAGGCUGUUCACAUAGCUUUACAUUGGGAUGAAAAUACUGAUGUGAUCACAGGCUUAAAACAGAAGACCUCCUAUGGGAGACCCAACUGGAACAACGAGUUCAAGCAGAUCGCCUACAGUCACCCCAGCAGCAGCAUUGGCGUGUUCUUUUGUGGACCUAAAGCUCUCUCAAGGACCCUUCAAAAGAUGUGCCGCUUGUAUUCAUCAGCUGACCCCAGAGGUGUUCAUUUCUAUUACAACAAGGAGAGCUUCUAGACUUUGGAGGUCAAGACCAGGCAUUGUGUUUUCAAUCACGUUAUUGACUCCAAAGAACUCCACCAGGAAUUCCUGUGAUGGCCUGUUGAUAUGAGCUCCCAGUCGGAAACUGGUGAACAAUAAUUAACUACUGCAAACAGUACACCAUACCAUACUUCGUUAGCUUAUAAAUAACAUGUCAUAUACAACAACACAAAAACUUUUACUGAAAUUAAAAUAUAUUAUGUUUCUCAAA